AUAAAAUGUGGCCUAAGCAAAGCCUCUCUAGUAUUUGAGAUAGCAGUUUAGGACCAGCAGUCAGUUUAGAAAUUAGUCACUGGAGAUUUACAGAUUACUUAAAGUGGGAGGAACUAAAGUUAAAGAAUUCCCCUCAGGGUGGAGUCUGCAAAGAAGAGCCUUUAAUUUCUCACCCUAUAGUCUGAUCUAUAGAUUUACAAGUGAUUAGAAGAGAGGUUUGUUUUUCAGGGAGCUGAGAGUUGUGGACCAGAUCACAAUCCUACCAGAAGAAUCUGAAAUGGAAUCUUCAGCUUUUGAGUUACCAGCUGACACUGUGGAACGCAUUGCAUCCAAACUCAGAUGUCACCCAACUGAUGAGAGGGUGGCCCUGCACCUUGACCAGGAGGACAAACUGAAGCACUUCAGGGAUUAUUUCUAUAUUCCUAAAGUUCAGGAUUUGCCUCCAAUUGAUUUAUCUUUAGUGAAUAAGGAUGAUGAUGCCAUCUACUUCUUGGGGAAUUCUCUUGGUCUUCAACCAAAAUUGGUUAAAACAUACCUAGAAGAAGAACUAGACAAAUGGGCAAAAAUGGGAGCUUAUGGUCAUGAAGUGGGAAAACGACCUUGGAUUACUGGAGACGAGACAAUUUUAGGUCUUAUGACAGACAUUGUAGGAGCCAAUGAAAAAGAAAUAGUUCUAAUGAAUGCUUUGACUAUUAAUUUACAUCUCCUACUGUUAUCAUUUUUUAAGCCUACACCAAAGCGAUACAAAAUUCUUCUUGAAGCCAAAGCCUUCCCUUCAGAUCAUUAUGCAAUUGAGUCACAGCUCCAACUUCAUGGACUUGAUGUUGAGAAGAGUAUGCUGCUUAUAAAGCCAAGAGAGGGGGAAGGAACCUUGAGAACAGAGGAUAUCCUUGAAGUGAUUGAGAAGGAAGGAGACUCAAUUGCAGUGAUCCUGUUCAGUGGGCUGCAAUUUUAUACUGGUCAGCUCUUUAACAUCCCUGCUAUCACAAAAGCUGGACAAGCAAAGGGUUGUUUUGUUGGCUUUGAUCUAGCACAUGCUGUUGGAAAUGUUGAACUCCACUUACAUGACUGGGGAGUUGAUUUUGCUUGCUGGUGUUCCUAUAAGUAUUUAAAUUCAGGAGCAGGAGGUCUUGCUGGUGCCUUUGUCCAUGAAAAAAAUGCCCAGACGAUUAAACCUGCGUUAGUAGGAUGGUUUGGCCAUGAACUUAGCACCAGAUUUAAAAUGGAUAACAAACUGCAGCUAAUUCCUGGUGCGAAUGGAUUCCGAAUUUCCAAUCCUCCCAUUUUGUUGGUAUGUUCCUUGCAUGCUAGCUUAGAGAUAUUUAGGCAAGCCACUAUGAAAGCCUUGAGGAGAAAGUCUAUUUUGCUGACGGGCUAUCUGGAAUACUUGCUUAAGCACUACUAUAGCAAAGAUAAUGCAAGGACCAAGAAAACUUUUGUGAACAUAAUUACUCCAUCGCAUAUAGAGGAUCGAGGCUGCCAGCUAACACUGACAUUCUCAGUUCCAAUAAAAUAUCUGUUCCAUGAACUAGAAAAAAGAGGAGUGGUUUGUGACAAAAGAGAACCAGACGGUAUCCGAGUGGCUCCUGUUCCCCUCUACAAUUCUUUCCAUGAUGUUUUUAAAUUUAUCCACCUGCUCACUUCUGCGCUUCAGUCGGCAGAAAGAAAAAGUGCGGGUACCUUCUAGAGCAAACAGGAAGUAAUGCUGAUAGGUUUUGAGGUUAUUUUAGUCUUAUUCUCCUAGUUUUAAUUAGUGGAAGUAUUUUAAAAUUUACAGAGCAGAACUGACCAUGGAUUUUAUACUUUUCAAAAAAAAAAAAUCGGGAGUCGGGCGGUUUAAGUGCACAUGUGGCUCCAAGGGCAAGGACCAGCUUAAGGAUCCCGGUUCGAGCCCCCGGCUCCUCACCUGUAGGGAAGUUGCUUCAUAGGCGGUGAAGCAGGUCUGCAGGUGUUUUUCUCUUCCCCUCUCUGUCUUCCCCUCCUCUUUCCAUUUCUCUCUGUCCUAUCCAACAAUGACGACAUCAUGAACAAUAAUAAUAACUACAACAACAAUAAAAAACAAGGA